ACAGCACACUAUACAAAUCUUUCGAAAUGAUACAGUUACCAAAAAUUACGCCGGAUCCUAAGACCACUAAUCACUUAUGCAAAUGCCGCCCAGUUUGUAAGAGCCGGAGAAGAGAGUGGAAGGGACAAAUUCAGAACACGUCAGCGGAACUUUUGUUGGAGCGAAAGCCGUUGCAAGAGUGCUUUAGGAGAUGGCCUACGAAAGUGUACCCCAACAGUCCGUGCCCGUUGUUCUCCCGGAGCCGCCGUGUGACCGUCAAAGUGAAGGGGUCCAUCCAGCCCCCAGACGUUGUGAGGGUCUGCCAAGCCCCCAUAGAUGAUACCGUUGCUACCACGUACUUGAAGUAUGCGCAGCUGGCUAAGAAAUUAGGAGCAUGGGACGCUGUAAAAGCCUGCUGUCCGUUCUGCGAAUGUACAGGUUGUUGUACAUGCACAUCUCACGACUACGAUAUAUCGGACGAGCCGGGAACGACACGACGACACGACAUGCGACAGUUUGAUACUCGCGUGAAAAAGGAUUACCAGGAUAUGAAGAUUAUGUACAAUUGAAAUGAAAAUACAAUAUAUUAUAUGCAAUAGCAUAUUAGGGUGCUUUUCCACCAUAAAUGUGCGAGGAUGUGUU